UCACUCCCUUCCGCGCCUGGCUCCUUCCUUCUCGACAAGAUGGCCACACCGGCGGUACCGCCGAGCACGCCUCCCGCCACCCCAACCGAAACCCCGGCUGCGGCCUCAGACCCGGCCCCGGCUCCAUCCCCAGCCUCAGUCUCAGCGCCGGUUCCAGCUCCAGCGCCGGCUCCAGCCUCAUCCUCAGACCCGGCGGCAGCAGCGUCUACGACCGCAGCUCCGGGCCAGACCCCGGCCUCAGCGCCAGCCCCAGCGCAGGCCCCGGCACAGUCGCUGCCUGGCCCGGCUCUCCCAGGCCCCUUCCCUGGCGGCCGCGUGGUCCGGCUGCACCCGGUCAUUUUGGCCUCCAUCGUGGACAGCUACGAGCGACGCAACGAGGGCGCUGCCCGAGUCAUCGGGACCCUGCUGGGAACCGUGGACAAGCAAUCAGUGGAAGUCACCAACUGCUUUUCAGUGCCGCACAAUGAGUCAGAAGAUGAGGUGGCUGUUGACAUGGAAUUUGCUAAGAACAUGUAUGAAUUGCACAAGAAAGUCUCUCCAAAUGAGCUCAUCCUGGGCUGGUAUGCUACGGGCCAUGACAUCACAGAGCACUCCGUGCUGAUCCAUGAGUACUACAGCCGGGAAGCCCCCAACCCCAUUCACCUCACAGUGGACACGAGCCUGCAGAACGGCCGCAUGAGCAUUAAGGCCUACGUCAGCACUUUAAUGGGUGUUCCUGGGAGGACCAUGGGGGUGAUGUUCACCCCUCUGACAGUGAAAUACGCAUAUUAUGACACUGAACGCAUUGGAGUUGACCUGAUCAUGAAGACCUGUUUUAGCCCCAACCGGGUAAUCGGCCUCUCCAGUGACUUGCAGCAAGUGGGAGGGGCAUCGGCCCGCAUCCAGGAUGCCCUCAGCACAGUGUUGCAGUAUGCGGAGGACGUGCUGUCUGGAAAGGUGUCAGCUGACAAUACCGUGGGCCGCUUCUUGAUGAGUCUGGUUAACCAAGUACCCAAAAUAGUUCCUGAGGACUUCGAGACCAUGCUCAACAGCAACAUCAACGACCUGCUGAUGGUGACGUACCUGGCCAAUCUCACGCAGUCACAGAUUGCCCUCAAUGAGAAACUUGUGAACCUGUGAAUGGUCCGCAAGCAGCCCUCUACCAGGCUGGGCCCCAGCCAACCCUGGGACUCAGAAUGGAGUGAAGGAGAAAUGGUUUCUUUGUGGUUUGAGUCACACUGAGUCAGUCAACUGCUUGUGACUGUAAAUAAACAUAGCCUACCUUUUGUAAAUGAA